AUGGGAGCUGUUGAUGUCAAGGGAAAAUGGGAAAAGAGCUCUUGGGGUAGGAAACUCAUUGUUCAAAAGAGAAGGGCCACCCUCAAUGACUUCGACCGGUUCAAGCUGAUGCUCGCAAAAAUCAAGAUUUCAUUUCCUCUCACCGAUUUUUUGUCAAACUCGCCGGCAAAGACUUCUACGUCGGCGACUCCGACGACAACAUCACCAGGUGAGGCUGACAAGAAGCGGCGUCACUUUAGCUCGAUAUCCCCCCGCGGCUGCUGCCGGGAAGAAGCAACCUCUGGCGCCUUUAUCUGA